CGGUAAGCAUGCAACAGCUCAUCACUAGGCCAACAUCCAAAAGGUUCGAGGAUGCUCACCUUUACCGCUGCAGGCUGGCAUGUUCCAGUGCUCGACCGGACGACAGCCAAGCCAUGGCGACGGCUUUCCCUGCACCUACGCUCUCAGCGUCGACGAUCUGGGCUCGUGAUAAGUAGCAAAUCCCCAUCAUAUCCGGAGGCAGAAGAGGGUGAAUGGAAAGUUGAUGAAUACAAACGGCACACGGUGAGCAUGUACACAUACGAAUUAACUCAUUUUUGGCCGAACUAUCACUGUUGCACACAAUCUGACAAAUGUACACAUACUAUAAUGAACCCUGACCAAAACCCAACAUGGAUCUUCCUUAAGGAUGAACCAAGCAAGAAGCAAGAGAUGAUCAAUGCCAUAAGGACAGCACUGGGUUCAUUGGGUGAUGAUGAGACGGCGACGACUGCUUCAGCCUACGACACGGCAUUGGUCGCCCUUGUCAAGAACCUUGACGGAGAUGAGAAACCACAAUUCCCCUCAUGCAUCGACUGGAUUGUACAAAAUCAACUACCAGAUGGUUCAUGGGGUGACCCCGCUUUCUUUAUGGUCCAAGAUCGGAUGAUCAGCACCCUGGCUUGUGUAGUAGCAGUGAAGUCCUGGAACAUUGACUGUGACGACUUGUGUGACAGAGGUGUGUUAUUUAUCCAAGAAAAUAUGAGCAGGUUGGUAGAAGAGGAACAGGACUGGAUGCCAUGUGGCUUCGAGAUUAACUUGCCAGCAAUCCUAGAGAAGGCAAAGGACCUGGAUUUGGACAUCCCUUAUAAUCACCCUGUUCUUGAAGAGAUAUAUGCCAAGAGAAAUCUAAAGCUCUCUAAGAUACCUCUGGAUGUGCUACACGCCAGUCCAACGACCCUACUUUACAGCGUGGAAGGAAUGGUAGACUUGCAGUUGGACUGGGAAAGGCUACUCAAGUUGCGGUGUCUGGACGGCUCCUUCCAUUCCUCGCCUGCUGCAACAGCUGCUGCCCUCAGCUACACCGGCGACAAAGAAUGCCUAGCGUUCCUAGACAGGCUCGUCAAAAAGUUCCGCGGGGGAGUGCCCUGUAUGUACUCGUUGGAUAUUUUUGAGCAGUUAUGGGUGGUCGAUCGGCUGAUGCGUCUAGGGAUAUCAAGGCACUUCACAAGUGAAAUUGAGCAGUGCCUAGAUUGUAUUUACAGGCGUUGGACUCGAAAGGGACUGGCUCAUAACGUGCACUGCCCUACCCCGGAUAUUGAUGACACGGCCAUGGGUUUCCGUCUCCUCCGUCAACAUGGCUACGACGUCACUCCAUGCGUGUUUAACCACUUUGAGGACAAAAAGGACGGCAAGUUCUUCUGCUUCCCAUUGGAGACCAACGAUGCAUCUGUCACCCCAAUGUACAACACUUACCGUGCUUCACAGUUCAUGUUCCCAGGUGAUGAUGAUGUCCUGGCACGGGCUGGGCGCUAUUGUCGUGCAUUUCUCCAUGAAAGACAAGCCUCCAACAAACUGUAUGACAAGUGGAUCAUCACCAAGGACCUGCCAGGCGAGGUCGAGUACGCACUGAACUUCCCCUGGGAAGCAAGUUUGCCACGGAUAGAAACAAGGAUGUAUCUGGAUCAGUAUGGAGGCAACACGGAUGUUUGGAUUGCUAACGUCCUCUACAGAAUGAAUCUUGUGAGCAACGACCUGUACCUUGAAAUGGCAAAAGCUGACUUCAGAGAAUAUCAAAGACUCUUCCGACUUGAGUGGAAUGGCCUCAGAAAGUGGUAUUUGAGGAACCAUCUGCAGAAGUAUGGUGGAACACCAAAGAGCGCCCUGACGGCUUACUUCUUAGCUUCAGCAAACAUCUUCGAAUCUGGCCGAGCAGCAGAGCGUCUAGCAUGGGCUCGCACGUGGGUGCUUGCCGAGGCGGUGACCUCUCACUUCAGACAUACUGGGGGCACAAAGGAUUCAACAAAGAAUCUUGAAGAGCUUAUCGACAUCGUUUCAUUCGACGACGACUCUUCCGGCAGUCUUCGUGACGCUUGGAAGCAGUGGCUCAUGGCAUGGACUGCAAAGGAGAGCCAUGGAUCAAUUGAAGGAGAUACAGCUCUGUUGUUGGUCCGCACAGUCGAGAUCACCUCAGGAAGGCAUGUUUCAGCCGAGCAAAAACUGAACCUUUGGGAGUAUUCCCAGCUCGAACAGCUCACCUCUUCCAUCUGCCGCAAACUUGCCACAAGAGUUCUUGCUCAGAAUGGGGAAAAUAUGGAGAAUACAGAAGACUUGGACCAGCAAGUGGACAUAGAGAUGCAAGAGCUAUCUUGGCGAAUUCAUCAGGGUUGCCAUGGCAUCAACAUAGACACCAGGCAGACAUUUCUCCACGUGGUGAAAAGCUUCUACUACUCGGCUCAUUGCUCAGCUGAAACAGUUGAUAGCCACAUAGCAAAGGUCGUCUUCCAGGAUGUCAUUUAGGAAGAUUCCCC